AUGAAGUUAAUAAAGAGUACUUUUGGUAAGUUUUUAACCUAUUAUAGGCCCCCACAGAGUUGCCUGCGAAGGAGGCUAAGUAUAUUCAUUUAGUCCACUAGAUGAAUAUUCAAGGUAAUAUUAAUCCUCGUGUUUCUGAGAUUAUAAUGAAAGAACGCAUUCCAACGUCACGCUCCUCCACAGGGGGCGUUUUUCACUGUUCGCGCGAACAAAUUCGCCUAGUGGAAAAUAGGCUUAAUGCCAGACGAUUUUACUCGUCAAUGGGAGAGCACUGGGGGGGGGGGCUGAAUGGGUUAAAAUUAAAAUGACCAGAAAAGUACGAGCCUACAAGCAAGCCGAGUUCAUUGAACUAUAAAUAAACUGGAAGGCUAACUCAGGGGGGGAAAUUGAAGCCAGUGCAUUUUAGUUUUUCUGAGUUAUGAGCAGAAAUACUCAACACUGAACAUUGGGCUAUAUAUCAAAUUGAAGCUAUUGAAAAACACUAUUUGGUGUAGAAAUUUCAAGACUUUAGCUAAAAGGGAAAUAUUGAAAAACUACAAACAUAAUUACCGAUAAUUUGCCGUUUUGCAGUUGUUUUUGUAUUUUUUAACUAUUUUUCUUUUCGCUGAAGUCUUGAAAUUUCCACACCGAAUAGCAAUUUUCAAUAGCUUCAAUUUGAUAUAUAGCCCGACGUAUGGGGUCAAGUAUUUCUGCUCAUAACUCAGAAAAACUAUUUUGGCUUCAUCAAAUCAUAGGCCUUCGUCAUAGCAGUUAGCCUUCCAGUUUAUUUAUAGUUCAAUGGUCAACGCUCUGCUGAAAGUCGUGGGUUUUCUCCGCCGGGGUGCUCCGGUUUCCUCCUACAAGGAAAGUUAAUAUUUCGUUCUUUCGGUUUUAAGCACUGAGGGUGGGUUAGAAUAAACAUAGUUAGAGGAAAGUAAUGUCACAAGUGUUGUAUAAAGAUAAAUACUCUAGGCUAAGUAUAUAGUAACUAAACGCAAGUAAUAUGUAAUAUUGCUAUCAAACCAAAGCUUUCUUAAAUGAUUUAUCCUAUAGAUUUGCACUACACUACAUCAAUGAUAAAUCUUUUAUAGAUUGAUGGAAUUGGUUUGAAAUAUUCGUCUCACCUUUUUCUUUUGCAGUUGAUGUGGGUGUGUUUGAUGCUCGUCUUUCUCUGCUCUUGUCACGCCAACUAGAUUUUAUGAAAUGCGUAUUUCUGCGCAGAAAGAAAUCUAUAAAGGUAAAAGAUUAAGUUUAAUUGUCAACAUUUAAAAUCUGCUAAAAAGCCAUAACAAUUGGUUAUCGCAAUUGGUUAUCGAUAAUUUGAUUUUAGUUUGGGAAAUAUAACGGCGCAAAUGGCGCAAUUCACGCAAAUAUAUAUAUUUCUCUCAUAUGCUUUAAACUUCAUCAUCUCGCCACAGCAACGAAAUUGAAUUCUAGGACUGCAAUUCUUGGGGGGUCAUACAUUUACUGAAUUCAAAAUUCGUGUCACUGUUCAGUUACAAUUGACGAAAAAAAUCAUCCUUGAAAAACAUUUUGAAAAUUCACUGACUUUUCAUUAAUGUAUAGUUUAAAGUUUCUCAUCACAAACUUAACUGACCUAGUCCUAGAUUGCAAAAAUUUAAUAAGCUUUUAUAUCCGAUCAAUGUUACUAAUCUAGCGUCUGACAAGAAAAACCAACUUACAUACCUUUUUUGGCAAGCGCAUUUUCGUGCAAACAUAAAAUAACUAUAGUCAACAAAAAAAUCUGACAAGAGGUAGCCAUAUUGUUUUUCAGUGAAGCGUUUAGUUUAAAAGCUUAAAACGGUCCAAUGGAAGGACCUGUCAGGCUUUAAAAUUUUCUUUGUUUAUUAUUAAUCGCUUCACACUUGAUAUAAAUAAUGAUGUUUGUAAACAAAUGAUAUUAAACGUCAUUAUCUCAAAUUGCGCUGCUACUGAUCUCUCUAGCUAACAGAAUGGAACUUACUAGUCAGUUUCGCUAAAAAUGGAGAUUUUCAAGCCAUUUCACCGUUGACUGAUCACAAACAAGAAAUAUCCUUUGUACUUAUACGGAUAAAGCCCAGGCCAUAUCAGAAACAUUUUUUUUGAAAAUAUUGUUUUCUAGCCGCGUUUCCGAAAUUGUAUUGCGAUUGUAUUUCCAAAUUGUAUUGCGAGUCAUCCUCGACGGCCAGUUGGCCGCGUGCGUGCAUUCUCGUCGCGUGCAUUCUCGUCGCGUGCAUUCUCGUCGCGUGCAUUCUCGUCGCGUGCAUUCUCGUCGCAUGCAUUCUCGUCGCAUUGCGUGCAUUCUCGUCGCGAUUUUACUCGGAAAUUCAUGAAAUUACCAUUUAUUUAUAGAUUGAGGGUCCCUGGUUUUCUUGUUUUAUAAUUAGAUAGAAGUGAUUGAUGCAGACGCAAAAAGUCCUUGAAAUUCUCAAACGAAAUCGCCCGCCCACGUGUGAUAGUGAUUUUUCCGCCCACUUGAUCUGGAUGGGUACAUUUGAGUAUAUCAAUGUAUAUUAUAGAAUACAUGAGUACACAAAUGUAUAUGAGUGUAUAUUUUCGAAUAUACUAGUACAUCUUAGUACAUGGAGGUACAUCGUAGGAUUCAUGGAUACACAUUUGUAUAUUAUGGGAUAUAUAUAUAUACAUCAUUAUACACGGACAUACAUUGAAGGGUAUAAGAGUACAGAUAGGGAAUAAAUCGGCUGGACAAAUUUAUUCCGACAAAAAAUUCGCCAACAAACGGAAGCGGGCAUCGAAACUACGCAGAGGAAACUACGUAUCGGGCGAAGGGUGUUUAUUUACAUUAUUCCAUUUUAUUUCGAUUGUCAUUGAGUUUUUAACUCUUCGAGGUUUUUAAACAGAAUUAUGGCUUAUAAGAGUCACAAAGAUCAUUCAGAAAUCAGUAAGACUGUAAAGUAUUUGUUGUUUUCCUUUAAUGUCAUAUUUUGGGUAAGUUUUACUCGAUUUUAUUGUAGAUUUUUCAAGGUUUUUAUAGUCGCAACACUUUCAGCAUAAGAUUUUUUUCUGUGUUGGUGUUGUGUACUCAGGUGAAUAUAAUAUUUGUGAUGUUACUCUGAGUGUUUAUCCACACUAGGCUAGUAUUCCAAAGGUCGUAGGUUCGAAUCCCACCGUGGCCGGGCAUAUUUUUCAAGCUCGCCCGGUGUGGAUAUACACUCAUAGUAACAUCACAAAUAUCACUUUCAGCAUAUUAAUUUUGUCACUAGCUGUUUUGACGCAGUCAAGUGGCGUUCAAACACGAAUUGCCAUCGAUAGUUUGUACUGUUCACAUACCCUUUUAUAUUUUAUUAUAUCUGCAGCAAAUAAUGCGUUCUUUAUUAGAUUUUUUGAUAAUUUUAUGAAGCUUCUCAAAUUUUAUGAAGCAUCGAAACUACAGACGUGACCUAUUAAUGAAAUUGAACACUUGAAUACUUCUAUUGCCAACGCAACAAACUUUCCAGUUCUUAAAUUUUUUUUCUUGUGAAAAUGGUUUUGUAUGAGAGAUAUUUUAUAUAUGAGAGUAUUUAGUGUAGUCUUUAUAAAUAGUUGGAUGUCAUUUUGGUAUAUUUGGUAUUGUUGGUUGUACUAUAUUUUUAAGAUUAAUCACCGAAUAUUAUCAAUUCCAUCAAAACAUGUUUUAAACAGUGGAAUUAAGGCUGAUUUACACUACUCAACUUUUGCCUAAAACUGUCACAUGCAACCUGCUUACAACUUGAGUUGUACUGUGUAAAUCAAGCAUACAAUCAGCUACAACAACAUAGGCAAUUUGCUAGCUUCGUUUUUUCUUUAAUCACUUAACAAUCGUAUAUAAAGAUUGAUGGCAAGGACAACAGAACAUAAGUCUCUUAUGAAGUCCCACCAAAACAUUACAAGACAAAGAUUAUGUUCAAUGUGCAGUGUAUAUAAACAGGGUUUGUAGCAAGUAUUUGAAAUCCUUGAAAGUCUUUAAAUUUGAAUGCAGGUCUUUAAGGUGUUUGAAAAGUCUUUGAAGUGUGUGAAAAAGCGAAGAAAGUCUUUAAAAGUCUUUAAAUUCUUUAGUGAGUGUUUGAUUAUACGAUUUUCUAACUAAUAAAAUAGAUUGACUGAUGCAAAAUUUGACGAAAAAGUGCAUUUUAGGAUGUGAUUUGACCGGACUAAUUACCUGGUAAAAAUGGUGUUUGUACAUCGCAAUUUUUCGACAACUGAUUGCUCGCAAAGGUCUUUGAAAAGUCUUUGACAAUAGGCAGAAAAAAUGUUUGAAAGUCUUUGAAAUUUUUUGUUCUUGGAGACUACGAACCCUGAUAAAACCACAGAUAUAUUACAAUUUGUAAUCUAAAUUGAACAAUUAACUAAUUGACUAAUUGACUAGGAGUAAAUCCAAAUUAAGAUAUUUGAUUACUGAAAAAUUAUCCUCUGUUCAUAGAAAAUCAGUCAAGAAAAUGCUUCAAUAACUCAUUGAGUCGCAUUGCACCAUGGUCCCUUAUGUGCCUGCUAUAUAUGCAUGCUCGGUUAAGACAAUCUACCUCAUCUCGAGUGUCAAUCUGACCGCAAUUUACCAUUGUAGCAAAUACAAACACUGUUAAACUUUGAAGGAAAUGAAAUCUAAAAUAAAAUUAUGUAUUUUAUCUUAGUUGUUGGGUGGUGCAUGUCUUGCUAUCGGCAUUUACGCAAGAUUUGAAACUGCAACAUAUUCUGAUUUCUUUGGCAAUGCCUGGAGUGAUCCUGCAUUCUUCUUCAUUAUUGUGGGUGGAAUUAUGUUCAUCUUGGGUUUCACUGGAUGUAUAGGAGCUUUGAGGGAGAACAUAUGUUUACUGAAGUUUGUAAGUAUCCACCAGUUUCAUGUGAAACUUCAUUGUCUGUCAAAGCAUUUGAAAGCUUCAAGUUUAUUGCCUGAUCAAUUUGGUGCACACUUUUCAAAUGCUCUUGACAAAUGCGAGAUUUAGAUAAAUCCAUAUUAUUGCUGUAUUUUAGUUUUCCAUUGCACUUGGAGUGAUAUUUUUCCUGCAAAUUGUGCUUGGUGUUCUUGUGUUUGUUUUCAAGGGAAAGGUAUGAUCCAAUGAUCCAAACUUGCUUCAUUUCAAUAAAUACCGGUGUUAUUAUAAGACUGUUUUCUUUGUUACUCUCUUCUAGUGAUAUUUUUUUUUAUUUUGUACAUUUUAGUUUGAAGAAGUAGUCAAAGACAAACUGCAAGAGACGGUCAUAAGCUAUCGUGAUAAUCCUGAUUUGAGAAGUUUGAUUGAUAAAGUUCAAAGAGAUGUAUGUCUAAUAUUUCUUUGUCUUACUAAAGUCAGCUUUACACUUGCAUGGUUAUAUGUUGCAUAACUUUGGUUGCAGUAACAUGUCACAUUGGAAAUUAAUGUUAAAAAAUUGACUGAGAUAUAAAUGAGUUAUAAAUGCUCAAAUGAAGGAACAUGUACUCAGACCAUUCAUAACUCAUCUACUUAAUUGUUCUCGUCCAUCAGAAGAAGAGAAUCGCACUUAGUCUAGUAAACAUGCCUUUGCUGUCUCUAACGCCAGACAAGUUGUCUUGUCAAGAGAAGAGCACUCAAUGGGUUAAAUAUCAAGGGUUUUUUGUUUAGUUUGAAUGCUGUGGUGUGAAUGACUACAAUGACUGGAAUGACAAUAUUUACUUCAAUUGCUCUCAAGCCACGACUGAAGCUUGUGGCGUACCUUCAUCUUGUUGUAUAGCGGACAAGGAGAAUAAACAGUGUGGCUACGGCCUCCGAAAGAAGGUAUGGUGACAGCCAGAGGCACUCUAGUAUGUCUUCUGAAGACCAUUAUCUUCAGAGGCACCCUGCCUAGUAUGCCUUUGGGCCGUGUCCUUUGCAAUUUAGCACCCGGCCAGCAAUCGAGCCUAGUACCGGUUGGUCAGCUGGAAGGAAAGAUGAUUUAUUUUAAUUAGAACCUCCUACUUACUGUAUUCCAUGAAAUUUUUUUUGUGUUUCUCAGGAUAAAGUUCAACUUGAAGGCAAAAUAUUUAUCCGAGGUUGUGUUGAAGGUUUUUCUGAAUGGGUCGAAAGAAAUAUCAUUAUGAUUGGGGCAAUUGCACUUGGUAUUGCAUUAGUUCAGGUAAGGCUGUGAGAAAUAAACUAAUAGCUCUAUCAGUUCUAAACUGUUCAUCCUAUAGGUCAAUGUUACUACAGGAGGAAACCGGGAUUAAACUAACUUUAUUUUACUUGAUAGCUCUAUCAGUUCUUCCUAGAGAUCCAGUAAGGAUCAUAUUUAAUAAUCCAGUGUUACUACAACUGGUAUAGGAGAAACCCCACACUAAACUAACUUUAUAUAUAAUAGAUAGCACAAUCUAUGUACUGUAUGAGCUCUACUAGUGUAUACAGUAUGUUGAGGUGUUCAUAAAUCUUUGAAAAUUAAUGAGAAACCCGUACUUUCUAGAUCAUGGGUAUAUCUUGCUCUCAGAGUUUAAUUGGUGACAUCAAGGCACAGAAAUUGAAGUGGGACCAGCAAUGA